CUCUUUCAAUCCAGCGACGUCUUACCACCACCACCACCACCCACGACAUCACUGUCAAUCACCACUCUGCCCGAUCAGGAGGGGGGGCUUUAGUUGAAGAAAACCGCAAGCCGGAUUCAAUCCAUCCAAUACGCCCGCCAUGCCGGCGGUUGGGCUAAAAACCGUUACUACGGCACGAAACGGCGUCGGCGCAUUCAUAUUACAAUGCAAACGCCUUGACCUACACUACUGCGACUGGGCCGGGUCAUCCAAAGGAAUGAAUUCAUUCCUCACUUCUCCUCUCCUCUCAAAACUCAGCACCACAUACCCACAGACCGAAAUCCGUGUUAGUCCUCGACCGGGCCGUCACCCGGUAUUGCGCGCCACAUAUAUCAACGGGCGUGAAAAAGCAGUCUGUGUGCGAAAUCAGACGAAGCAGGAGAUUUGGGAUAAAGUACAGUUUUUGCUGGCCAAUAGUGGAAAGAAGAAUGUCAAGGUUGGGUCGAAGAAGGUGAUUAGUACGAAUGAAAAUGUUAGAGGGAUUUGGAGUCCUAUGCAUGGUGGUAUUAAGGCGAUUUGAGCUGGGUGUUUGGAAGGAAACUGAGAUGGGGGUUGAUGGUGGUGUGUAUGGAGUCGGGACUGAGAUUCGAGAUCCGAGAAUUGAGACCUAGGACUGGCAGGGUUGCUGGUUGUUGGGUCUUGAGGCAUGAUCGAAGUUAGGCUGUGGCUGACGCCACGCUGGAGAGCCACUAUUGUUGGAUCGCGAUCAGUGAUAUCAAGAAGAGGAGGUGUAUGACACACUCUCUGGCUCAUACCAUACGCCAUUGUACUUCUGCCUAAGGCACAUGCAUAUGCCAAAGGGUCCCGGGAAAUGUCCACUCGAGACAUCUUGCUGGACAACCUGAAGAUACAGCUCAACGGACAAUGAGGAGGAUGAGCUACCAUGGAAGACGAACCGUGGUUAAUCAUUGUACAAAGAACAUCACAGGCAUUUACUUCCAAAGAAGAAUCAGCAUGUAUUUUACGACAUCAAGAGCCCGGUCUUCGAUCAGGAAUGUAAGAAAAGCUUAGACGUGA